CUCUCUCUCACAGCAAGCUCUAGCUAGGCAGACAUUCUUUUCGCUUAUAACUCAAAAUAGGAAAUUGUGUUUCGUUGCCUUAUUUUAAAUUCGAAAAUUUUCAUUGAAAAUGUGCGAGUUUCUUUGAUCACUGGACGCGCUGGUCAAGGACGGUUCACUCGGAGUCGGAAAAUAGUAAGCACCAUAGGAGGGCUGGGUUGAGUAAGACGGUGUUUGCGUACACAUUUUUGGCUACUGUUCCCCGUUACUCCGGUUCGCAAUGGCUAGCGCUUACGAGAUUCGUAGGGCGGAUUGGCUGGACCGAUUGGACCGGGCAAGCGGUGUCGAUGCUGUUCAACUCAUUUGUAAGGAUAUAUGCAAUGCUGUUGAUCGUAAAUUUAGCGACAAGGAUGAUGAGCUGGUGGAAUACUCACCGGGAUCACCGGAGUGGGGUACCCGAUUCUAUCUCAACUAUGAAAUUCUCGUUCGGUUGAAGGAACUAAUGAAUAGUCCCAAGACAACCUUUGCGCAGCAGAAAAUCAUCUCCAAGACGCUAUUCAGAAUAUACGCGCACAAUUAUCGCAGCUGUCGGAUGGUUUUCCCGAUGAGUGGCAUAAUGCCCAGUGGUAAAGCUGCAUCUGUGGAAACGGUGGCCAUCUAUGGCAUGGUGUUCUCCAGCUUUUUGACCCUACCGGGACUCGAAGAUCUAACACCGGUGGUCUCUAGAAACUUUGAGCUCUUCCAGGCAAUGGGUUGCUAUGCGAGGCAUUUCAACACCUUAUCGGAAAAUUUGCUGACCAUGCAGAAAAUGGAUCGAUACAGUAAAUUUUUCAAUGAGAGAUUGGAGAAAAUCUGGCACAUCGUGUUGCUGAAUUUGGAAUCGCCGUACAAAGGGGUACGAGAUUGUAUGAUAAGCAUUCUGAAAAGCGUUCUUCUUGAGGACAAAUUUGUUCGGUCGACUAUGCUGCCAGCGGUUCUUCGCUGGAGUUGGCUAAACCGGAACAAAUUUCACGUUCUUCUGGUGCUUUUAGGGCGGUACAAGUUAAGCACCCUGGAAGAAUAUGCCGGCGAAGAGAUCGGAUUAUACGCGAUGCUUGAGAUGUCACUACACUACAAACAUUUGUAUUCGGGCAGUCAGGGCAUUGUUCGUGUCCUACAGAAACAGCAAGAUGAUAACAUUUUCGAACUGCAAGUCCGGAUUCUCAAACGAGGAAGCAUUUAUCUCGUUAGAAGCAUGAUCAAACAAUGGUUUUCAAAUUUGACACCAUCUGAUUUUAGAAAACUGUUCCAAUUGAUGCAAUUAGAUCAGUUGAAAAUAGGAGAAAAUCGAAAGUUAAUGCCUUACUACCUUAAGGAAAACAACUAUAUCAAAUUCUUCCAGUAUAUGAAUUUAUUCAAAAAAGAGUUUCAAUCUUGUAAGGAUCUGAACGUUCUCCUUGUGCUGAUGCUGCAAAUAAGUACCGAAGUUGAUCUGGAUCAUCUUUCGAUCACACUGAUGGUAGAAACCUUGGUUCAUCAUAUCGUAACGCCCAAUGCUCAUAUUCAUCCUUCGACUAGCGUAUUUUACAUCUUCAAACUUAAGGAAUACAUACUGCAACAAGUUGGGGUUCCUUCGGUACACGUUUGCAACACAUUUGUGACCCAGUGUACCAAACUACUGCACUACAUUGCAUCGCUCCCGGUUGAACGUUACGCAGCCAACGAAGAUGCCUAUGGUCUCGUGUCAGAGCUCAUGGGAUCAACCCUGUUCUAUCAACAUUUGCACAAACAAGCAACGAGCAACUACCACGCCGUUAUCACCAGCCUCCGAUUCUUCCAAGCAUUCGCUUCGCUCUUCUUGGAGUUUACGCCCAAGUCACCCUACCGACUGCAGGAGAAAGCCACCGCUAACACUAUCAGUCACUUGCUUCCCAUGGAAGCGGACACCUUCUACGAUAUGAUCUAUGCUGUCGAGCAUCUGCUCACAUCUGAGUACGAGGAUGUUAGAGCCAUCGCUCUUAAAAUGCUGUACAAUAAGAGCUUUGCCUUCCAUCAUGGACCUGCCCUGCAAGGGAAGCUCUCACUGAUCUACUCGUAUAGAACCCCUGGUGCGGUGCUGGAAGCCAUGACCAGUUUUUACGAUGAAUCUCACGUUGCUCUCACCAUAUCGCUGCGGGACCACGAGCGGGAUCUGUUUGCGAUGAUGAAAACCGACAACCAGCUGUAUCAGCAGCUCGAUGGCAUUAACGAGGCUUUCUUCGGUUACGAAGAAUCGCGCAAUCUCAACACCCUGGAGAACAUUCGAGCCUUUCCGUCGAUGCUCCGACUGGUGAAUCGGGUGAUAGAGUUUGUUCUACGUUCGCUGAAUUGCGCCAAAACGGACGAGGAACGUCAGCAGGUUGGGUCGAGUUUUGAAAUCAUGGACAACAGUUUGCAGUUGCUGUUGGAUCGCUCAUCGCAACGUUCGACCAAUCUAGCAUCGGACAAGAAAACCAUGAUGAAGGCAUUGUGGAAGGCACUUCGAUCGGCAGCUAGUUUCCUGGAGAAUUACGCUCUUUGGCUGCUGGAUAAAUAUCGACUUCGGUUGGAUGUGCUUCCACAAUUGUCGCUUUGCAUGAGAGCUUUUGUUCUUAUCAUGAUCAACUGUUGUCAUCGCGGUGCAGUCGAGGGGACAGCAUUUUCGUUUGGAAAGGUGAUACGACGAGUGGCAGUUUUGAAGGAGAAGCUGGUUGUGAGGAAUGAUCACCGGAAUCGUCAGGCGCGUCUCAUAGUGGAUAUGGUAGAAAAAGUAUUUCGAACGGUAAUAAAUUUGCCUUUGCAGGGUGAUGAGUUUCGACGUUGUCGAGGCUACCUGUGGAUGAUUCAUAGCUAUAUCAAGAAUGAUUCUCAUAAAAAUUCUGAACGAGCCUAUCUGAAAGUCUACAUCGAAGAGCACAAGCUGCCACUAUUCAAUCAAACCAUAACUCCGGAUUCGUUUUUAAGAAUAUCAGUCCUCCAGUUACAUCAACUCAAUAUGAUGGUACACGAGGCAAGUAUGAACGAAACGAUGCUGGAGUUUAUUGACGAUCUUAUGAUCAUCGCCCUAGAACGCUUCAAAUCACCUGAAUGGCCCGUGAGAAAUGCAGCGUUGCAGUUGUACUCUUCCAUUGUGACCAAAUUGGUUGGGCAGCGUCAGCAAUGUUCGGAUCCGGAUAACGAUUGGCCACCGGUGUAUGUUUCCUUCAACGAGUUGUUGUACAAACUGAUCAAAUCGAACAAAUACAUAUUGAAGGAGCUACGAACGAGUGACCCCGUUUCAACGCCAUUCCUCAUUCUUGUACUGGAGUUUCUUUCCAAAGUGGAAUACCGUGCAUAUCACGUACCCGGCCAAAAGUCGCUACUCAUCGAUUAUCGAAUUUUACUGUGGCGCUAUUUGAAGCACGACAACGAUCAGGUUCGCACGCUGGCCGGCGUCUGUUUUGCGCAGCUACAUGACUUUUAUGAAGAAAUCCCCAGAAUGAUGGAAAAUAUGAUUAUUUGUUUGUUUACCAGCCGAGGCAAUGAAAAUUUCCGGCACGGUAUCUGCAAAGCGAUCCAUUUCAUGGUUCGAAAGUACAUCACAAAUGCUCGUUACAUGAGUGGUGGCUUCAACAAGCCCGACUAUCUGGCAUCGGUUCGAGAAAUGAUUUGUCAAUACUAUUUACUAGAUACGGAUAAGAUGGCCAGUUACCGGAUGCGUUGUAGUUUGCUCGAUUUGCUGCUGUAUUUGGGCUUCGAAAAGAUGCAUCCGGCUGUGGUGGAGCUUGUGUUCAACAAACUCGCCGUCAACAACUAUGGACUGAACGUGUUCCUCAUGAGGACCAAUGCGCUGUACAAUGGCAGUGUAAGCGGAACCACAUCAUCGUCCAUGGAUUACGAAGUGGUCAUCGAGGGAGACGAAAAAGACGAUGACAUCAUUGACGAUGACUAGCGUUUAAGGAAAGUUAAGUUAAAGCCCUUAUUAUAGUUUUCUUUGGUGAUUGGUGGAAGAGAUUAAAGUUCAGCGUACUAUCGUUACGUACAAAAAUUGUAAUCGAUUAGGUUUUCAUAGAAUAUUUUUAACACUAACCACAUCUUGUGAUGGUUUUAGACAGAAAAAAACGUUACUAGAAAGUUUUAUCAACAAUGUAGUUAUACCAGUUAUGAUGUAGUGAAGAAUACAUUCCAGUUCCAGCAAUUGAAAGUUUUUCAAAUUACCUACACCAUUUUCGACGUUUUUAUUUCCAAGAUCGAACCGCAAAAUAUUGGGAUAUAAAUAACACAGAAGCGAAAAUUCGUAUGUUACGAAGAUGUCAGUUCUGUUACGAUACCAAAAGAUGUUUCCGGUGACCAUUUAUGGAAUACUGAAAACAUCAAAUAAUUCUUUUUCUAUAAUAAAGACAUUAAAAAAAAAAUUCUUUGAAUGAAAAUUAAAACUCAAAAAGUAGUGCAAUAAUCAAUAUACACAAAUUGCAGCACAUUGUAUAGUUCAAUCAUCAUUAUUAAUAAUAAAAAUUUUACAUAAACUUUGUACCAAUUAAUUAAAGUUGGAAAGAAUUCAAUGGGGCUGUUUUUUUUCUCUCACUAGAGAUAAAACUAACAAAUAAAUUUGAAAUUCAACUUAGGAAUUGGGAUGUUUAUUAACUAACGGACGCAAUAUUCGCUUUAUUGUUUGAUUACCUUUUUGGAACCUUUUUCAAACAAAUUCAUAGAGGUUGGAACAUCUGCAAAAAAAAAAAAAUAAUUUCACAUAAAUCUCCGGCUUUCUGAGUCGAGAUGCAAACCUCCCAUAGCUCAAGUUCGUUUGCUUCGAGUGUCCCGGUUAGAUAUUAGAUUGAAAAUGUGUGAAUAAAAGAGUUUCUUCUGAAAGUGUAAUAAUAAAAUGGGAUGUUGGUAUAAAUGGAUAAUUUCUCUAUACAUUUCGUGCCAAAGAAAAGGCAAAGACUUUAUUUUUUAUAGCUGUAUUUUAUAACUUUUUUUAUACGUGUUUGUUUCUUCAAAUUAAAUAAUCAUUUUCGGUUUGACUGACACCAAAAUGUGGACUGCCCGCUCUUCAGUUUUUUGUAUAGGUAUCUAUAAAUUUGAUUUAGGUAUUUCGGCUUCUCAAAAAAUAACCUGUGUGUUUAGUAUAUAAGGAUUGGGAUCAUUUCCUGUCGCUGUAAGAACGGGAUGAGUGUAUGUGAAUGAUUUAUGUUUUUGGGGUUGCACCGGACUUCCAAGUAUGUUCGCUUUAGCUGGUCAGUCUUUACUUUGUAAGGGUUUCAAUGGAGGUGUAGAAAUGUGAAAGUUAUUUGAAUCAAAAUUGGACUUGAUGU